UCAAUAAAUGUCAGCUAUUAUUAUCAUUCACUCUGACUGACCUUCAACUCUGUGCUCAUUGUGGAGAAUGUCUGAACAGCAGGUACUUGGGGGAAAAAUGUCAAGAUUAUACAAGUAAAUUUAAGGGUGGAAAAUGACAGUAAUGUUAAAUUUCCCAAGAGUAUGUAUGAAAAGUAGCACCUCGUUGGCGGAACAUACGUUUUUAGAACAGAAGCCUUAUGGUAUAAUGGGAAGAACACUGGAGAGUCAGAGUCUUCAGUUCUAACUCUGGCUGUGACCUUAUCUAACUGGCUUUCGGCAGGCCAGUUGCCCACUCUGGAGCUCAGUUUCUCCAUCGGGCUGGACUUGAAUAAUCUCUAAGAUCCUUUGCAGCUUCAGAAUUCGUUAUUGCAUGUAAUAAAAAUUACACUAGCUUGCUUAUCACCCUCCCUUCACUGUUUUUGGUUUUUGUUUGCUAACUUGCAAUUCAGAGUCAUGAACAAUUUAUAGAGACAGCCCAACUAAAGAAUUGAAAAAAUAAUAUCAGAUUUGUAGAGUAAUCCAAAAUGAAGUUUUAACAAAGAGAACAGAGCAAAAUAGAUUCACAUUGAAAUCUUUUUGAUAGGGCAAAUGUAAACCUCAAUUUUAUUCUCUACUCAUUUCAGUAAGUUGUUUUAUGGGAAACGUGCUUGGUAGAAUCAUAUACAUUCAACUGAAAUAGUUUCUAUAGAAAACAAUGGGCUGAUGGUGAAAUAAAACACCAUUCUCUUUUCUCUCAUCAGGUUGAUUCUUAAAUAAAACAAAAAUCUAUCCAGUAAAGGGCGUUCGUGGAGAAAUUACAAUAGAGAAACCAGGCAUUUGUAUUCUGGAGAAACCUCCUAAAACAACUGUAUGGAGUAAGACGAAAGAAGUGCAUACAUCUGGAAGAAAUUUUGCUCAGUAUGAUAUUUUUGCCCACCUUUUUGUCAUAAAAGGCUGCUAAGGAAGAAAGAAUAUAGUUUUCUGGAGAAAGAAAGAGUGUAAUGUAAAAAUGGAGACAACAGUUUCUGAAAUUCAAGUAGAAAGCAAGGAUGAGAAGAAAUCAGCAGAAGUUAGUCCUCAGGAUGAGAGGCAGGAGGAAAAAGCAUCAAUGCUUUGCUUCAAGAGAAGAAAGAAAGCAGCCAAAGCAGUGAAGCCCAAAGCUGGCUCUGAAGCUGCUGACGUGGCAAGGAAGAGUCCCCUAGAAGGAGGAGCUUCUGAUCAGCCACAACCCCCAGCGGGGGCCUGGGCCUCCAUCAAACAUCUUGUAACACGCAGGAAAAAGUCAGAUUCUUCAAAGCAGCAAAAGCUCUCUGAGGCUAAAGUGCAACCUGAAAUCAAUGCUGAAGAUGCUGAUCCUUCUAAGAAAAAGAAAAAAUCCAGAUGUAAGAUUCCCUGCAUAAAAUUCUCAAAAGGGGAGAAAAGAAGUAAUCAUUCCAAAAUUAUAGACGACUCAGACUGCAGCGUUCGAGUCCAGGGAGAGGCUGAAAGUUUGGAUACAAAAACUCGGACCCAAUCAGAUGACCAGGCCGCAAAGACCAGGUCCACCCAGGAUGUAAGUGACGAUGUCUCACAGAAAGAGGUUGGUGAGGUCUGUGAAUCAAAUGUGAGCAACAGCAUAAUUUCUCCUGCACAGACAGUGGUUUCAGUAGAAGUUGGGUUAGAUAUGGGGCCUUCUGCUCUUCCAACAGGAACUCUAAUCCUUGAAAAAGAUAUGGAAAUGACUGAGGAAAAACAAAGUGUUCAACCCCAGCAGGCAAGCCCACUUGAAACUUUAGAAACAGAACAUCCGCUACCAGUGGUUUCUGAUGUUCCUCCCUCACCUGCAAUCCCAGAUCAACAAAUUGUGGAAGAAGCCAGAAACAGUAUCCUAGAAAGUGGACCAAAUUGGAAAGACCAUGAAAGUAGAGAGAUUGUAGCUGAAGAGAGUAAGCCAAAAGAUACUGAAUUGAGCCAGGAAUCAGAUUUUAAAGAAAAUGAGAUCAAUGCGGAGAAACCCAAACCAGAAGAAAGCAAAAGAAUGGAGCCAAUUGCUAUUAUUAUUACAGACACUGAAAUCAGUGAAUUUGAUGUUAAGAAAUCUAAAAAUGUCCCUAAGCAAUUCUUAAUAUCAAUUGAAAAUGAGCAAGUAGGGGUUUUUGCUAAUGACAGUGGUUUUGAAGGUAGAACUUCAGAACAAUACGAAACACUCUUAAUAGAAACAGCUUCUUCUCUUGUCAAGAAUGCUAUCCAGUUGUCUGUAGAACAGCUGGUCAAUGAAAUGGCCUCUGAUGAUAAUAAAAUAAACAAUCUUCUACAGUGACUUAAUUUCCAGAUCAUGGGAGGAAAAAAAGCUUAAUGAUGAAUUAUUUUACAUAUUUGUGGCAUUUCUUAUUCAGUAACAAAUGAGAGAUUUAUCAUCUGUGGAAUUCAAAGGCACAAUUCCAGCCCAGAAGUGCUAAAGAAUUAAUCAAGUAAUAAAACCCUCCCUACCAGUGAAAUGCAGUCACUUCUGGAUUGGAGGGAAGUCAGUACAGACUGCAAUGCAAGGUGACACACAGAGAGUUGCUAAAAUGGCAUGUGGAGAUUGGGGUGCUGGGAGGAAGAUGUAUUUAUUGAGCACUUACGGUAUGCCAUAAGCUCUUUGAUAUCCUCUGAUGUCAUAGAGCCUGGUUUCCUUUUGAUAGUUCAACCCUCUGUAUAGGUUAACAUCGCAUUCAGUUUUCCAAAAACCUUUUUUUUCACAGUGCACUUUUAUGUUGUUUGAAAUGGUGAAUAAGGUGAGCUAUUUUUGUGAAUGUGUGAUUUAGAGUUGUUAGACUCCUAGGCAGUAGUCUUACCUCAAAAAAAUAUUGCAUUUCCCCAAUUCCAGCAGAAUAUGCACAUUUUAAUUAAACAUGAGUGGUUCUAGUCUUGCUCAUGUCCCUUACAAAAGCCAUUCACAAAUUGCUUCAAACGGGCAAAUAAUUACCAAGUGCCAAGGUGUGGAAGGAGGGAGUGCAUUUUCCCUCUCUAUCUUUCUUCUGCCCCAAACAGAUCUGUAUAAAUCCAUUUCUGCAAAGGAUCAUCUGCUGAAAACUUAGAAACAAAAACCAAAACAACAGCAACAACAAAAACAAAAAGAAUGGAAUAUUAUUUUCCAUCGAGGAGAAGGCAAACUCCCCAAGUAAUAAAUAUUACUGAUAACACAGGAUUCAUCUUUCGGGAUGACUUCUGUAGAGACCAUACUCAUCAACCUCUCAAAGAGGAGGGGAAAGUGGAUUCAAAGCCAGCCUGGCAGUAAAAGUCCUAGGAAAUCAUAAUAAUUUAGUGAAAAUAUUAUUCAUUCUUGACAUAGAAUGAGCCAAGGACACGGUUGUAUAGAAAGUGAAAAGUUAUUGCCAAAGCACGUUAUACUUUAAAUGUUAGUAUUCUUUCACUGUGCCUGUAUGUUGAGAGAAACCAGUAAAAAACAUUUUACAUGGAUAUUGAAAAUUAACUUUUUCAUCAGUAUUUUCAAUCCAGCAAAUCCCUUACAAAAAAUGAACUUAAUAUAAUGAGAAGGGCUUAUUUGCAUUUUAUUCAGUUAUUUAAAUCAUCGAUCUCAUCAAUGAUUGCCAUAUUUUUUGAAACAGAAAUUCGAUUUCAAUCUCUCGUGUGAAAUGACCACACUACUACAACACACUCCCUACCUCACAGGCUAGGACUCAUACUGUGUAGUCCCCCACUGUGUAAACUGAGUGACAGUGUGACUCGGAAAGUGGAUGAAGUCACGAAGAGCUUUCACUAGAGGUGUAAGGUAUUUGUUAAAGAGUUUUUGUACAUCCUUGGAGAAAAGAAUGUACCUUAAAUGAUUUUAAAUGAUUUGGUGACUUCUUGCAUUAUUUAUAGAUUGCAUAUAGAAAGUACAUGCUAAUUUGUCCUAUAGAAUCUUAUUUCUUUCUGUAAGUACAUAUUGAGACCUCUGGCAGAAGAACCUAAUCUGACUUUGGAAAUGAACCAAAUAAUGGAUAUUAUCAGCAAGAUUCUUUGCUGAAGUGCAAAAGUAUUCCCUCAGCUUUUCCUACCUUUGUGCUUAUAACUUUGGCGGGGGAACCCAUCAAACUCCUCCAAUUUAGAAGAUCAAAAGUGGAUCUUUCAAAACACAUGACCCAAGAAAUCAAUUUAAGAAAUUUUAAUUGUAUAACUUUUAAACAUUUUUUUUAAAAAGACUGCUAAGUCAUCCUCCCUAAAAAUACUUUUUAAUUCACUAUAUGUGGUGCUAAUGGACUUGGACAGCUACCAGCAAAUAUCAUACCAUAUUUAAAAGUGAACAAUUUU